CUGCCGCUGCGCCGAUCGCGACCGGUGGAAGGGGGCGGGCCUGGCGGGCGGGCCUGGCAGGCGGGCCGGCUGAGGCGGGAGGCGCGGGCCGGCCGGCCGGCCGUGAGGCGAUGAGGAGCCGCAGCAACUCGGGGGUGCGCCUGGACGGCUACGCCCGCUUGGUCCAGCGGACCAUCCUCUGCCACCAGAAUCCAGUUACAGGUCUGCUUUCAGCUGGUGCAGACCAUAAAGAUGCCUGGGUACGGGACAACAUCUACAGUAUCCUGGCUGUGUGGGGGCUGGGGAUGGCUUAUCGGAAGAAUGCAGACCGGGAUGAGGAUAAGGCCAAAGCCUACGAGCUUGAGCAGAAUGUUGUGAAGUUGAUGCGGGGACUCUUACAGUGCAUGAUGAGACAGGUAGAUAAGGUAGAGAAGUUCAAAUGCACACAGAGUACCAGGGACUGUCUACAUGCCAAGUAUAACUCUGCAACUUGUGCCACGGUGGUUGGGGAUGACCAGUGGGGGCAUCUACAAGUGGAUGCAACUUCCCUUUACCUGCUCUUCUUGGCACAGAUGACUGCAUCAGGGUUGCGUAUUAUCUUCACCCUCGAUGAAGUUACCUUUAUUCAGAAUCUUGUUUUUUAUAUAGAAGCUGCCUACAAAGUUGCUGAUUAUGGAAUUUGGGAACGUGGUGAUAAGACAAACCAGGGCAUCCCUGAACUGAACGCAAGCUCCGUAGGGAUGGCCAAAGCUGCUUUGGAAGCAAUUGAUGAACUAGAUCUUUUUGGAGCUCAUGGAGGACACAAAUCAGUGAUCCAUGUUCUUCCUGAUGAAGUAGAACAUUGUCAGUCAAUUCUAUACUCCAUGUUGCCACGGGCAUCCACGUCAAAGGAGAUAGAUGCUGGCCUUCUCUCUAUUAUUUCUUACCCAGCUUUUGCAGUGGAGGAUCUAAACCUUGUUAAUGUGACCAAAAGUGAAAUCAUAUCCAAAUUGCAGGGCCGCUAUGGCUGCUGUCGCUUUCUCCGAGAUGGUUACAAAACACCCAGAGAGGAUCCAAGCAGGCUGCAUUAUGAUCCUGCUGAGCUCAAGCUCUUCGAGAAUAUUGAAUGUGAGUGGCCUGUAUUCUGGACAUACUUCCUAAUUGAUGGAGUAUUUAAUGAGGACAAAAUUCAGGUACAAGAGUAUAGAGAGGCUCUGGAAGGAAUACUUAUUAGAGAGAAGAAUGGAAUAGUGCUAAUGCCUGAACUGUACGCAGUCCCUCCAGAAAAGGUGGACGAGGAGUAUGAAAAUCCUCACACAGUGGAUCGUGUCCCAGUGGGAAAGUUGCCUCAUCUUUGGGGCCAAUCAUUGUAUAUCCUAAGCUGCCUAUUAGCAGAGGGAUUUCUUGCUGCCGGUGAAAUUGAUCCCUUAAACAGGAGAUUUUCCACUGGAUUUAAACCUGAUGUUGUGGUACAAGUAACUGUUUUGGCAGAAUCUAAUCAAAUAAAGGAUCUCUUGCAAGACCAUGGAAUCAAUGUUCAGAGCAUUGCUGAUAUCUAUCCGCUCAGAGUGCAGCCAGCUCGCAUCCUGAGUAACCUCUACACCAUGCUGGGCCGGAACAAGAACAUGAAAUUAAGUGGACGGCCACACCGUCACAUUGGCGUGUUAGGCACCUCCAAGCUGUACAUGAUAAGAAAUCAAAUAUUUACUUUUACCCCUCAGUUUACUGACCAGCAUCACUUCUAUCUGGCUCUAGACAAUCAGAUGAUUGUGGAGAUGCUCAAGACAGAGCUGGCUUAUCUCACUUCUUGUUGGAGGAUGACAGGGAGACCAACCCUGACGUUUCCCAUCACCCACACAAUGCUUGUUGAUGAUGGUACCGACAUUCAUCCAGCAGUUCUUGCCACCAUAAGAAAAUUAGAGGAUGGUUAUUUUGGAGGUGCAAGGGUGAAAAUAGGCAAGCUAUCAGAAUUUCUUACCACCUCUUUUCAUACGCAUCUGAGCUUCCUGGAUCCAGACUGUGACGUAAAACUGUUUGAUGACCCUAAUGAAGGCCGUGAUAGUCCUGACAGUGAAUAUGGAGGCUAUCCAGCAGACUUCUGUGAAAGAGAAAGCCAGGAUGAGCUGGAUCAAUAUAUAAAUGACAUCCUGCAGAGUACAGCACUGAAGUCAUACCUGCCUCCUACUUCAAAGACUGCUAAUCAACCACCUGUGUUCAGUGCAAACCAUUCAACAAAAGAGAUACUGUCAAUAAUGGCCAAGACAAAGGGCUUAGAGGUUCCAGCUGUAUCUAUGUCUCUUCCCACUAAAGUUCUGAACAGGCACCGGAAGUCUCUGAAUCUUGUUGAUAAUCCCCAUUUCUUUGAGACAAAGGACUGUGAAAAUGUUUCGCGCUUGCCUAAAGAUGCUCAUGGUGAUUUGGAUUGCAGGCGGCUUGUUGAACAGCUAAAGGAAUGCCCAACGCUCCAUGAUCAAGCAGAUAUCUUAUAUAUCUUGCAUAUACUAAAAGGCGCUGACUGGGACACAGAACUGGAUGGACAGUGCGGCGUCACUGUUCAUUGCCUACUCAACGAGCUCUACAGAAAGGCAGGCCUCAAUCAAGAGUGGGGCUUGAUCCGUUAUAUUUCUGGUAUACUCAAAAAGAGACUGGAGGUCCUGGCUGAGGCAUGCACAGACCUUCUGUCACACCACAAGCAACUUACAGUGGGCCUGCCACCAGAACCCCGUGAGAAAAUCAUUACCACCCCACUGCCACCCGAGGAGCUCACAGAUCUUAUUUAUGAAGCGAGCGGCCAAGACAUCAGUAUUGCAGUCCUGACACAGGAAAUAAUUAUGUACUUGGCGAUGUACGUCCGGUCACAGCCUAGUCUUUUUGUGGAGAUGCUCAGGCUCCGCAUUGGUCUGAUAAUUCAGGUGAUGGCCACCGAGCUGGCUCGGAGUCUGAAAUGCUCAGGUGAAGAAGCUUCAGAGAGUUUGAUGAACCUAAGUCCCUUUGAUAUGAAAAAUCUCCUACAUCAUAUUCUCAGUGGGAAAGAGUUUGGUGUGGAAAGAAGCUUGCGACCUGUAGAUUCCUCUUCAUCUAGCCCUGCAAUUUCUAUUCAUGAAAUGGGGCAUUCUGGAGCAACCAAAACAGAAAGAAGUGGUAUUACUAAAUUGAAGAGUGAGUUGAAGCAGUUCUUUCAUGAGGGCCACUCCAUGUCCAGCAGCAUGUUCGCUUCCACGAGGGGCAGUACUCCAUCAUCUCCCAUUAGUACUUCUCCUACUGGGUCCAAUGGAGAGACAAGCUGGGGUGACCGAAAAGGGCAGUGGCUGCGCAGAAGGAGGCUUGAUGGUGCUAUUAACAGAGUUCCUGUUGGCUUUUAUGAGAAAGUGUGGAAAAUCCUUCAGAAGUGCCAUGGCCUGUCCAUUGAUGGGUAUGUCCUUCCUUCUUCAACCACCAGAGAGAUGACCCCGUGCGAAAUCAAGUUUGCUGUGCACGUGGAGUCAGUGCUGAACCACGUACCCCAGCCUGAGUACAGGCAGCUCCUGGUGGAAGCGAUUCUCGUUCUCACAUUCCUCUCCGACGUCGAGGUGAACAGCAUUGGGGGCAUCAUCCACGUGGAUCGGAUCGUGCACAUGGCCAACGACCUAUUUCUGCAGGAGCUGAAAUCAUUUGGAGCUACCGGUAAUAUCCUGGAGAAGGACGUAGCCACAGGAAUUUGCCACUUUUUUUAUGACAGUGCUCCAAGUGGGGCCUAUGGCACCAUGACGUACCUCACAAAAGCCAUCAUUAUUUAUUUACAUGAUUUCCUGCCUAGCACAGGCUGUGCGAUGCAAUAAGCGAUGCCUCAGGGGUGGGGGGAAGGCUCGGAAGCUUUUUCUCCCCGUUUCCCUCUCGUGAACCUCCUGUUCAGUUGCUGCAUGUCUGUGUGCUGUGCACUACCUCGGCCGUUUACACUAGUCGUCGGGCUGCCUGCACUCCUACCUGCGGGGGACGGGUAGGUGGAAUUUGGCCUGGUUUUAAGAGAGCGUGCGAGAAAUAACAAAUAAUGAGGCUUAUUCUGCCCAAAGUGCAUAAAUGUAAUUCAUAUUAAAUUAGCAAGAAUUAUACAGUUCUGCCAAGGGGAAAAGAGAUUACUCUAUGGAGAUCAAAAGGCAUAAUAAAACGAGGGAGCUGUAUCUCAGGCAUGAAGUCUCCCAAAUAAGGGAAGUGAUGGAAUUCAUUAAUUUUUCUCCUGCUGUGUGUAAAUGUACAUCAUUGUGAAUCACUAAUGCACAGUGUGAAACAUCCAGGGAAAUGUAAAUUAGAGGCGCAGCAAUAACUUGAAGUUACCAGGUGAUAUUUCUAAUACACAUUUAUCCUGAUUCUCAUCACAUUUGCUCCUAGUCAGUGCAGGGCUAACGCCAGAAGAGUCAAAUGUCUUACAAUAUCCGCUAAUUUGAGAGGAUGGCCUCUCUCAGGAAGCUGCAUCUGUCUUUAAUCUGAACAAAAUGGCUUCCUUCCCUGCAUCCCCGAGGCUUUGGAGGCAAAAUCUCAGGAUUCCAGCUUCUCCAAGGUGACAAGACAGUUUUAUGCCUGUAAUCCCUUCUUCUGAAUGGAGCAAGAUAAACCUCUUUCACUCGAGCACCCUUUCCAAGUCUUCCGAUCCUUUCCCUUGCAAAUAGCCUCAGAGUUGAGAAUGGCAUAAUUGCCACCCUUCUGGUGCAGCGUGAAUUUAUGGAAGGCUUUGAUGUUUCUCUUUUUUUUUUUUUUUCUUUCUCCUUUUUUCUUUCUUUGUUUUUGUUUGGGUUUUGUUUUGAUUUUUUUUUUUUUUUUUUUUAAUUUAAAGUUGCACUUGUCACACAUAGUUAGAGAAGAGCUGCCUGGAAGUCUCCCUUCAGGCAGCUCCCAGGUCAGUGCCUAUGCCUUGAAUCUGUCCAGCAGAAACCAGUUUCUGGGGCUGCUCCGCGCUGCUGCAAGGAGAAUAGGUGUGUCUUGCAGGGAAAUGGCUCUGUGGCUAUUUAAACUGAAAAGAAAGGUAGGCUGCUGCUGCUGCUGCUGCUGGAGGGAAAGCCCUGCUUUACCCUGGGCACCGGCUGUGGUUUGCCUUGUGCUGGCACUGCUGGUUUUGCCGCCAGCCAGCACACAUCUGGCUGGCAGCUUAGGGCAGUGGCUGGAGCUUUAGCCUCUCCCGUGGCCACAGCUCCCUCAGCAGCAUGGAGAUGUGCCGGCGCUGCCGCCGUGCGAGCAGGCCAGAUAUGGCCUGAAAAAAUUAAAGAUUUUCCAUGCUAAUGAGCAUAUUUCUGUGAGACCUCCCUCCACCCUUUGAAAACCUAACUAUGCCAUUUUUACAGGACUUGAAAACUUUUAUUUUUGGUAACAAUAGUAUAUGGUGCUUUUGAGAACGAGAUUUUUGGCACUAGUUUUAUACAGAUACCUGAAAUACUUUGAUGACAGGAGGGAAGCAAACCCCUGUGUCACUUGCCAGUCGCCAGUGCCCAUGGUCCCAGGGAGGCCACCCCACCCCGCCUGCUGUCCCUCUACGGAGUUGCUGCUGCUGCAGCAACAUCUGGACACUGGCUCAAGAGAGCGGAGGUGUGGGAGGCCUUAGGAGGUGAUUUCAUGUUUUUGCGGGGCCCAGGAGAGUUUGGCAGCCCAAAGGCCGAGGAGCCCUUGUACUGGAUGCUCUGAGAGAGGCACGUACUGUGUUAACCACCACAAAAACUGUGGGCCUGUGGCGGGGCUGGUAUAAAGGUACGGUUCAGGUACAGUUAGCACUUGGAUGUGGAAGUUGUUUUAUUGGCAUGGUGCCUGUUUUGUAGGGUUUUGCCUUCAUUAUGGUUUGGAUUUUUUUUUUUUCCUUUUGGCAUAUGUAUUGUGAGAGAUCACUUAGCUUGUUUCCCAGUAAGUGAAAGUAAAAUCCUUUGUCUGGUUUAAGCAGACAGAUGUGACGGCACAGAGUGUGAGCACACAAGAGGACACUGUGAUGGUUUCUUGUUCUAUCCAGUAUCAUAUCAAAAGUCAGCAGUGGCAGUUAUUUUUGCUUUUCUUGUUGAAUCCCAGACUGUGAGAGAUGCAAGAUGAUUUUCUCUCAGACUCUUAAUUUAUGGUUUUUUUUUUUAUCUACAGUGUGAUCUUGUUUUCAGAAACAAGAAGGGUGAUGUAGUUGGUUUUACACGCAGCUCCACUCUAAAGCAGUGGAGCCUACGGCCAAACAUACCUGGAUGCCCCUUAAUGUGUGUGUUUGGUUUUUGUUUUUUUUUUAGUAAGAGUAUUAUUAUCGGUAUCUUUGAUUUGAAAUUCAUAGUAUGACCGAGGGUUUGGUAGAUUUGCGAUCAUCAUGAUCGGUUAUCACUUGGAGAGUUUGGGUGGCUGGUGGUGGAGGGUGGGAUUCUGAAACACAAGGCCAAUGGGAGGGAAACUCGUGUUACCUCCAGGUCGGGCACAGCAGCAGCUUGCUGCUGUGUUACUUCUCAGACCCAAGAACCCUUCCAAUUGGAGAGUCGCAAACCUAAUUAAGCGAAUAAGGUUUUAUGUAGAGCCCCUGCUUUGCUGAGGAGCCACCUCUGUGCGUGUGUGUGUGGUGUUGCAGAGCUGGCAUUGGUGGUGGCGAGGGUGUGCUCCCAGUUAAAAUACGUGACGACUUUGCAGUUUGUGUGGGGAUGAGCUAAUUGGCAGAGGCUCGACUUGGCUGUCUGGCUUCCCAGGGGAGCCAGCAGAGGAUGACACGGCCAACUCCAAGUCCCUGGAAACUCGUUUAUGGAAAGAAGGCAAAGGUACAGAGAUACAUCCUGUGCCUGGGAAACGAGGGCAUUAAUGAAUUAAAAUAGACCUGCCUGAGACCCGGCCUUUCCAGUCUGGCAGGCACUGCUGCCCCAAGCGGUUUGCAGCUGUGGGGACAGAAGCACCUACCCAGCUGUGGGGGGCAGCCAGGCACCCCCUGCGAACAGAAACAGGGCUGGUCAGGGGCAAUUGGCUGGUCCAGCUGGGAGCAUGUCGGGCCUGCUGGCCCCAGCCCAGCUCCUCCCUGCUCACUGCCUCACGGCUGUUUCCUCCCUGCUGCUGCGCAAAGGACACAGGAUUGUCAAAUGAGAGUUGAAAAGGGGCGUUAAUCCCCCUCGGCUGCUGCUCCUGCAAGUAGAUGUGAAAACUUAAUGGUUGGGGUAUGCAAAUUGUCUGGCUACUGCCCUGUUAAUUGUGGUCUCCUUCCUCGGGGAAGAGCCCUGCUUGUUCCUGGGAGGGGAAGGUGAGCUGGGCAGUCCCUGGCAGUCCUAAAACGAGGACUUUCCAUGGCAGGUAGUGACACACCUGGGCUGAUGGGGCACUGUGGGGCUCUGCCACCCCCCUGGCAGCAGCCGAGGGCCUGAGUGAAGCGGGAGCCUGGGUCAGUCCAGGUCCAAUAGUGGGUGCUUUCUGGUGUGGUCUGGAGAUAGGAGCAUUGCUGCCCAGAAAGCGGGAGAAGGAGAGAUGCCACCAGUGGUGGCAUCUGUACCUGCAGGGAGAGAGCUUGGACACUCAGCUGCAGACCGAUUCAGUCCCUGCUCAGAGGACCGCUCACAGCUGUAAUAACUAAGUAGCUGCUGCAAAAAUAGUGGGAUAAAAAAAAAAAAUUGGGGGUGGGGGUAAUGGAAGAACAGCUUCAGCUCCAACAUUUUGGAUUCAAGUACAAGUAGCCGGGCUCUCUCCCACUCCCAGUUUUAGUCUCGAGCGGCUUUUAUUUUUGGCAUGAGAUCUCUUCUGUGCGGGCUGAGGGGCUCUGUGUGCCGCUAGCAGCUGGCGGGGUGGCCUUCGUUCUGUUCUGCCUCCAUGAGUCGGCUCCUCUCACACUUCAGUUACUGCAUCCCCGACAGCCUCUUCUCGCUGCCUCCUGAGGGAAGCACGGCGCUGCAUCCUUACCUUUACAUCCCCUCUCGUGCCCAAGGCGAGCAUCCAUCAAGGUGACGUUAGGGUAGCUUCAGGAGCACGUCAUUAGAGGGGGACAUUGAAGCUGGUGGCUGUCAGCCAUACUUCUGAGCUCCCGCGACUCCCCCCCCGUCCCUGGCAACAGAAAUAAGUGCAUGCACGUUUAUUUAUUCAUCUGUUAAGUUACAAAAUACUUCUGGAAAAGUAUUUUGUAUUUAAUUGUACAAAAUAAGAUUUAAGCAAGACCGCAGUACCUUCAGCUCGGGCUGCUGUUACAUUCUGUAAUGAUAAACGGGGAAGGUUGCUUUUUUCUGUACUUUCAACACUGUUAUUAAAUAAAACCCAGCUACUUUA